AAGAGGCGACAAAUAAGUGUCUGAUUCAACAAUAAUGAAGAUUGAAGCAUCCAUGGUGCUGCUCCUAUCCUCGCUGGUGUCCGCGCUGCGCCGCGGUCCGCACCAUCCCCACGGGCAGUCUCCAGUGGACCAGAAACACCAUCACUACAGACCGCCGCGUAGUGCGGAGUCUCUCACGGCAGACGCUCAACUGCUUCACGAUGUACAGCACAUAGAAGAAGACUCCAAAGUAUUGACUCCUGAAGCGCUUGCGAAGAUGACGCCUGAAGAGCUGGAGUUCCACUAUUUUUCCGCACACGAUUUUGACAGAAACUCUAAAUUAGAUGGACUAGAACUACUAAAGGCGGUGUAUCACACAAUAGAACACGAGGCUCAUGAUCCCGACAACGAUUCCUCUAUAGAACCUGAAGCAAACGAGCUUGAUGCCUACAUUGCGCUAGUGGACCGCACGCUGCAAUCGGACGACACGGAUGGCGACGGCUACGUGUCGUACGCGGAGUACCGCGCUGCUCGCGCCAACAACCCCAGCGAGCGGACGCCGAGGGUGCUCGCUGAUAAUUCUCCGCCUUAGCACUAGUUAUUGGAA